UCUUGGUCAAUGACGAGAUAAACAAACACCCGCACAAACAAAGGAACUCAGAAACAGAGGACAUGAUAAAACAGAGGAAUUCAAGAAAGAGAGAGCUUAGCCUAGUACAAAUAGCCAGGCUUUUAUUAAAAGAGCUUAACCAUGAGUACCACAUCACAUAAUAAAGAUAUGUUUCAGAUUUAAGAACAGUUAAGAGAUUGAAAAGCAUUUCGCAGCUGCAUCUUUUACAAACACCGACUCUUCCACUUCUUGACAAAACAAGGGUCACAUUCUUCUGUGAUGAUUCCAAUAUCUUAGAAAACAAUGGUUUUGCUAUUUUUGUAGCAAAACCAUUGUUUUCCUUUCUGUGUGAAGGUUUUUAUCUAUAAAAAGAGAAGGCUGAAUCCGCAUUGGGGUAAUCUCUUGUGGCGUCUCUUUCGUUUUUCUUCUUUUAGCACAAACGUUUUUAAAGUUCACAAAAGCAAGAAGCAAUCAAGAAGAAGCCUUACACGAUGUGUGAGACGUCCUAUCGGUUAUACUGCAAGGGUUUGGUGAGUGAAGAGGUGGUUAAGGACGAGACUAGGCAGAUAGGUGGUUUUGGUGUGGCCAUAUGUGACCCCGAGGAUAACCGACUAUAUGAGAUGAAGAAAGCUCUGGGAGAUGAAGAGUCCACACACCAGCAAGUUGCGGAAUUGGCGGCCGUAGUUCAUGGGUUGAAGUGGGCGUUGGAGCUCGAUUUGGCAAGGGUCACAUUCUUCUGUGAUGAUUCCAAUAUCUUACAAUACGUAACAGGUAAAGCUGAACCAAACGAGUCCAGUGUAGCAACACUUGUGAAGGAAGUGGCUCUUCUUCAGAGCAGAUUCUCGUCUUGCGAAGCACUUCCUGCAUCUGUGACUGUGAGCAGUGGGGGCAUCACUUUUGUCCUUGAGCAUGCCAGAGCUGCUAUAGCUUCCCAGAUCAGGUGGCGUGAAGGUCACGUCUACAUGGAGACUUGUCCAAUAUGCUGUGAAGACGUCCCAUGUGAUGACAAGUUUGAGGUACCUGGUUGUUUCCACCGCUUCUGCGUUGCUUGCAUUAAGAGACAAGUCGACGAGGCACUGGAUUGGCAUAAACCAGUAAAGUGCCCAAGCUUGGGUUGCAACUUGGUUGGAUCCUGUGCGGCUUAGACACAUGACUGAAUAUCUUUCGGAGAGUGCGCUGCUUGCUCAUAUGACCCGAAAAAGGGACAACAGAGUACACUGUGCGUCACCCGAAUGUACCGUUUUAAUGCCCAAGGCCAAAAUCACUGAGUACUCAAAAAAGUUCUUCGUUGAUGCUGAGCUGUCAGGAGGAGCCAGAAAGUGCAUGGACUGUGGGUUUUUGUUACUGCGACAACUGCAGAACAGAAUGGCACUAUAAGUCUAUAACAUGACAUGUGAUGUAUUCCGUGAAACAGAGACUUAUCAGACAUCUCCUGCGGCACGUUUAGAAGCUAAGGCUAAGAGAGUAGGAUGGAGGAUAUGCAGGAAUUGCAAGUCGGUGCUUGUAAUUGAUCUACGUUGCAACCGUAUUACCUGCUCCAGAUGCGGAUACCAGUUCUGUUAUGUCUGUGAAGCUGAGUGGAACAAGGAAACCGGAUGUUGUUCCUAGGGAUACGGGUGGAGUCAGUGAGUGAGUUUGUGUUGAGGGGGUUUAAUUUGUGAUCCUAUAGAAGAAAUGUGACAGGAGAAAAGAAGAGUUCGGUUUAAUUAAUAUCCUUGUUUAGUUAUGUAUUUUUGGUUUGUUUAUUGGGUUUUAGCAA